UUUGAAGUUAUGGGGUAUUGUGUGUAGGCCAGGGACAAAAUAACUACAUUUAAUCCAUUUUAAAUUCAGGCUGUAACACUACAAAAUGUGGGAAAAAAAUCAAGGGGUGUAACUACUUUCUGAAGGCACUGUACAUACUUCAACCUACAUACACACAGCCACACCCAUACAGAUAAUACCCAGAGCACACAGGAGGGAGGGAACCUCCAGUUACUGUAUCCAAAGGUCAACUGUAGGUGGCCGCACCUAGGAGGAGGAGUCACGUCAUUGAGGUGGUUCCCUAACAACAUCUCUAAGAUAUUUUAGUAAUCUAAUGCAACAUUCUUGGUGUAAUAUUCAGGCUACAAGGUACAAUGAGUCUCUCUGGGGGAAGAGAGGAGGAGGAGGAGGGGGCGACAGACUUUAAGAUGAGUCUCUCUGGGGAACGUGACACUGACAGUGUGGACCAUGGUGGAGAGUGCUGUUUGAAAUCCGAUCUUAAGAAAUAUGCCUCUGAUCUCACACUGGACCCAAACACAGCAUUUAGAGAACUUACUCUGUCUGAGCAGAACAGGAAGGUGACAAAGGUGAGAGACGAGCAGCCGUAUGCUGAUCACCCAGAGAGAUUUGACUUCUGCAGACAGGUGCUUUGUAGAGAGGGUCUGACUGGGCGCUGUUACUGGGAGGUAGAGUGGAGUGGGGAAGGGGCUGAUAUAGCAGUGACAUAUAAAGGAAUCAACAGGAUAGGUGAAGGUAAUGACUGUGAUCUUGGAUUCAAUAUCAAGUCCUGGAGUGUGCACUGCUCUGAUGAUGGUUACAAUGCCUGGCACAAUGACAAGAGUAUUGCCAUACCUGUCCCCUCCUCCUCCCACUCAAACAGAGUAGGAGUGUAUCUGGACUGGCCCGCUGGCACUUUGUCCUUCUACAGCGUCUUCUCUGAUGCACUGAUCCGCGUGCACACAUUCCACUCCACAUUCAUUGAGCCUCUCUACCCAGGAUUUGGGAUUUGGGCGACUGGCUCCUCAGUGACCCUGUGUCAGGUAGAAUAGCCUCCUGUUUCCUGGAGGAACAUCAGGGAAGUCACACUCCAGUUCAAACACCUGUAAGAAUGACAGAACACACACUUUCAGAAAAAGAGUAUGGUUAGGGUACGAUAUUGUUCCCUGUGGUACAAAUAUCAACAUGCACCAUUAUGUAAUUAUGUACACAUAGUAAUCUAGUACAAUGGUACAUUUUUGUACCAAAUAUUUUGAAUAUAAAAGUACAAUCAUUGGAGGUGUAGCUUAUUGGGGGAGUGGCUUUCAAUUAGUUAUUUUUGGCCACCCUUGAGUGGAAGUGUUGUACCAGUGGUCCAUGGUUAUGUUAAUUUGAGUUUGAGCAUAUCUGCUGCUCGUUUUGAAGUCUUUUCAAGACGUAUAUACAUAUGUAAGAGCAUGUGACAAUAAAGAGCUGUAAAUAAUAUUAUAGCGACAUUAACCCAACAUUGAGCCACCUUGUCAAGAGGUAUGGACCUCUUGGCAUGAUGCUAUGGUGCUGGCUUAACAGUUACUGGACCCAGGUUCAAAUCCUGGUCGGGUCUACCCCCUGAAUUUAUUACCUGUGUCAAAAGGGGGAUGGUGGAAAGUGUACAUGUGAGAGACCUGGUAUAGAAAAUAGGUAUAUUUAUUAUAAAUAAUUUGGUGGGUGCUUAUACCGUAUUUGUCUUAUACACAUGUGGGAAUUAGAAAUGAGAUGUUCUGCAUAUCACAAUUCCCCCCAUCAUCAACAGCGACCCUGGAGCAAUUAGGGAUUUGGGAUUUGCCUUGUUGGCUUGGGGAUUCGAACUAGCAACGUUUCUGUUACUGGCCCAACACUCUAACCUCUAGGCUACAGUACCUGACACCACCAUUGUUUUCUGACAUCCCAGGUUUUGGCACUUAAAAUGAACAAAAAGCUUUGUCACUGAGGUUGUACCUUAAAAAGGAACAUUUGUACCUUUUUGGCUCUUUUAAUGUGCGGACUGCAAGGGUACUGUUAUGUGCCUAUAACAUAACUAAUGAGUAAUAACAGGAUACCACUAGAGUGACACGCGUUUCUACCCCUUUAAGUACAAUAAGGUACCUUUUUUUCUGAGAGUACAGAGACAUGUUUUUAAAUUAACAAUCCUUUUGAUAUUGUUUUAAUUCCUUGGUGUUUGUAAAUAUUGCUAUCGGUAGAACACAUAUUUGUCAAAAUGUCCACACAACAAUCCUUUAUGUAAUUUAAACAGAUGAAAGAAGAUGUUUUCAUUUGCAUUUACAAUAAUAUGGCUUUUCAAUAAAUGAAGUCCUUCAUACCUACAGUACCUACCUACCUACCUACCUACCUGUCUACCAAUGGUUUAGACUAUGAUUGAAGUGUCUUGUCAGUGAAUGUGAUUUAGUAUGAAUAUUUUUGAUGAUGCCUCUUGGCCAGGGCUCCACAGAGCAAUAUAUGAUUUGAAUGAAACUCACAUGAACCAGGUAUCCAUCCAGCCUUUUUACACAAGUAAAGUACAUGAUAGAUAAAAAAUAUCACGGCAGGCCAAAUAGGAAUAGCUCAUUUGUGUCACGCCUUGGUCAUAGUGUUUUGUGUUUUCGUUAUAUAUUUGGUCAGGCCAGGGUGUGACAUGGGUUUAAUGUUGUGUUUCGUAUUGGGUUUUUUGUAGGUAUUGGGAUUGCGGCUGAGUAGGGGUGUAGCAUAGGUUGGCUGCCUGAGGCGGUUCUCAAUCGGAAUCAGGUGAUUCUCGUUGUCUCUGAUUGGGAACCGUAUUUAGGUAGCCGGGGUUUCACUUUGUAUUUCGUGGGUGAUUGUACCUGUCUCUGUGUAGUUUCACCAGAUAGGCUGUAAUUAGGUUUCACGUUCCGUUUGUUGUUUUGCUUUUGUAUUAAGUUAUUUCAUGUAUCGCUCUUCAUUUAUUAAAGACAUGAGUAACCACCA